AUGGCUGCAGAAGCCAAACCUCAAAUCCUCUACUUCCCUCUCUUCUUCCUCCUCCUCUCCUUCCAAGCUGCAUCCGUCGCCGGAGGAACAUGGGAGCUUCUCUUAAACGACGUCGGAAUCUCAGCAAUGCACUCACAGCUCCUCAUCAACGACCGUGUCAUAAUGUACGACCGUUCCAACUUCGGCCCUUCAAAAAUCUCUCUCCCAAACGGAGCCUGCCGCGACAGCCCAAACGACGUCGUUUCGAGACGCGACUGCACCGCCCACUCCAUAGAAUACGACGUCGCUUCGAACAGCAUCCGUCCUUUAACCAUCCUAUCCAACACAUGGUGCUCCUCGGGAGGAGUCACUCCUGACGGAGCACUCCUCCAGACAGGAGGAGACAAAGAAGGAGAACGCAAAGCAAGAAUGUUCUAUCCUUGUCACGACGAUUACGAUGAGUCUUGUGAUUGGUCGGAAGUUGAUAACGCACUUAACGUACGAAGAUGGUACGCUACGAACCAUGUUCUUCCGGAUGGUCGUCAGAUCAUAGUAGGUGGUCGAAACCAGUUCAACUUCGAGUUCUUCCCCAAGACAAAAGCUCCGAGUCUCUACAACUUACAUUUCUUGUCCGAAACACACGAUGCUGGACAAGAAAACAAUCUCUACCUGUAG